AUGACAUACACAAGUAUGCUCCUUCGUCAACCCGCCUCAUCUCUUGGGAGAAUUGGCAACAAUCAUUCCUUAUUACUUCGCAGAUCGCCAUAUUCUUCUUUCGGUCGAUCUGCACUAUCCUUCAGUUCUCUGCCGGGUCAAAAGUUUUCUACGGGUUCAAAAAGACCUCUAACAGCCAUCACAAACCAGACAAAAUGGGGCAAUCUUCCCAUAACACGAAAUGUUCGAUUCGUAUCCGGUAAACCUUUACCACAACGACGGUCAAAAGCUUUAAACUUUCUAUAUCGAUCUGCGGCUUUGCUGGGAGGCUCAUUAAUAGUUUUGGGAUUCGGCGUUAUUGGUUUCUUCGUCUAUGAUGCUACGACAUAUCGUGAAGAUUUAUCUUACUCGGACAUCUCAAUCUCAGAGCUUGCUUUGUCUCCUCGAUUGGGAGGUCCUAAGAAUUUACCCAUUGCUGAAGUGCAGAUUGACGAUGAUGAUUCUGAGGAAAUGCAAAAGCAGAAAGAUAAGCCAAAAUUGGUUAUUCUUGGAGGUGGAUGGGGAAGCGUUGCGUUGUUGAAGACUUUGAAUCCAGAUGAUUAUCACAUCACUUUAGUUUCGCCCACGAAUUACUUCCUCUUCACACCGAUGUUACCUUCUGCAACGGUAGGCACAUUGGAAUUUCGAUCUUUGGUGGAACCAAUUCGACGGAUUAUUACAAGAGUUAAAGGUCAUUUCAUAAGAGCUACGGCAGAAGACAUUGAGUUUUCGGAGAAGUUGGUAGAAUUGGCCGGGAAAAGUCCAGAUGGUAAAGAAGUUCGAUUUUAUCUACCGUAUGAUAAAUUGGUUAUUGGAGUUGGAUCAACAACAAAUCCUCACGGAGUAAAGGGAUUGGAAAAUUGUCAUUUCUUGAAGGAUAUUGAUGAUGCUCAAACCAUUCGAAAUUCUAUUUUGACCAAUUUGGAAUACGCAUGUUUACCAACAACAACUGACGAGGAACGAAAGAGAUUGCUUUCUUUUGUUGUUAGUGGAGGUGGUCCUACUGGAGUAGAAUUUGCUGCCGAACUGUUCGAUCUUUUGAAUGAAGAUCUUACAGCACACUUUCCUCGUAUUCUCAGGAAUGAGAUCUCCGUCCAUGUUAUUCAGAGUCGAGGACAUAUUCUGAAUACAUAUGAUGAAGCGGUAUCCAAAUACGCCGAGGAAAGAUUCGCUCGUGAUCAGGUGGAUAUCCUUACCAAUUCUCGAGUCCAAGAGGUCAGACCAGAUAAAAUUCUCUUCACUCAAAAGGGAGAGAAUGGUGAAUCAGUCAUCAAGGAAUUGCCCAUGGGAUUUUGUCUUUGGUCUACAGGUGUUUCUCAAACCCAAUUCUGUCAAAGAAUUGCUGCAGCACUUGGCUCCUCUCAAACCAAUCGUCAUGCUUUAGAGACCGAUACGCAUCUUCGUCUAAAUGGUACACCAUUAGGAGACGUCUAUGCAAUUGGUGACUGCGCAACCGUUCAAAACAACGUUGCUGAUCACUUGGUUACUUUCCUCCGAACUCUCGCAUGGGAAAAAGGUCAAGAUCCAGAGAAGGUCCAACUCACAUUCCGCGAUUGGCGAGACGUUGCACAGAGAGUCCGAAAGAGGUUUCCUCAAGCUGCAGAUCAUCUCAAACGUGUUGAUAAACUCUUCCAAGAAUUCGACAAAGAUCAAUCCGGCACUCUCGAUUUUGGCGAAUUAAGAGCACUUCUCAUGCAAAUCGACAGUAAACUUACAUCACUCCCUGCCACCGCCCAAAGAGCUCAUCAACAAGGUCAAUAUCUAGGACACAAAUUCAAUAAGAUGGCAAGAGCAGAACCAGGAAUGAGAGCUAAUGAUAUGCGUGAUGGCGAUUUGGAUGAAGCUGUCUAUAAAGCGUUUGAAUAUCAUCAUUUGGGUAGCUUGGCUUAUGUUGGGAAUUCAGCCGUCUUCGAUCUUGGAGGAGGAUGGAGUUUUGCGGGAGGACUUUGGGCGGUAUAUGCUUGGAGAAGUGUUUAUUUUGCGCAGAGUGUGAGCUUUAGAACGAGAUGUUUGUUAGCGAUGGAUUGGGCGAAGAGAACACUUUUCGGAAGAGAUUUGAUGAAUUGGUAAAUUGUCUACCGAGGAAUUACUAGGGAAGGGGUGCUUGGAAAGGUUGACAGUGGUGGAUUUGUAUUAUAGGAUAGGAUGGUUGGAGAAUGGAUCAGAAAUUUUCUUCCAACAGUACGGGUACUGAUUA